AUGGCAUUGCCUUUAUUACCACCAGAUAUGUUUCAAGAAGCUUUAUUUAUUAUACAAGCUGAAGUUGAUUUACUUUCUCGGGAAUAUCCAGAUAUUUUACAAUUCACGUCUUAUUUACGGCUUACCUGGUCAAAUAUGGCAUCAAAAAUUAGUACUUAUGAUUGCCCUGUACGUACUAAUAACAUAGUGGAAAGUUUUCAUAAUGUUGCGGUACAGAAACUAAGCACAAGAAAUACUAAUAUUUGGACGUUUCUAGAUGCUGAAUCAAGUGAUAUUGUACAAGCUGCCGACAUAGAGUUAUUCACAGAUAGUUUGGAUGAAAGAUUUCAGACAGGAAAGCAAAAUAAUGUUAGACGUAGAAGAUCCCGACAUGUACACACAAAUUCAUCUACACGAAAAGACGAAGAACAUGUAUCCAGAACAGAGGUAGAACAUACAUCUAGAAGAGAAGAACAUGAAUUCAGAACAGAGGAAGAACAUGUAUCCGGAAUAGAGGAAGAACAUAUGUCUAGAAGAGGAGAACCUGUAUCCAGAACAGAGGAAGAACAUGUAUUCAGAAGAAAUGCAGACCAAGAUAGAAAAAAUUUUGAUACACAGAGGACAGAAGUUACACGUGAAAUGGUACAGACAAUACAAGUGACGCAACAUGAGGAAUUACAGACAAAUAGUAAUACUUCUGUUUCGGAUAUUGAACUCACAAAUACGCAAGACGACGCAUCAUUAUUUGAGGUUCCGGAAGACGAUUACGGAUAUUUGUCAACAAACUCAAACGAGAACAAUGCCUCGAUAGAAGAUCAUCCAUUUCAUUCUGGAUUUAAUUCCGGGUGCUCUUGUACCUCUUGGUACUUUCGGCUGUACUAG